GCCCACUCCGUUGGGGGCGGAGAUCAGAACGCCCCGGGCCUUGGGGGCGGAGCUUGACCUCUGUGCUCACCGCAGGACCAUGAACAGAUGCCCCCGCAGGUUCCGGAGCCCGUUGGGGCAGGCAGCGCGAUCCCUCUACCAGCUGGUGACUGGGUCGCUGUCGCCAGACAGCGUGGAGGAUGAGUUUGAACUGUCCACCGUGUGUCACCGGCCCGAGGGUCUGGAGCAGCUGCAGGAGCAAACCAAGUUCACGCGCAAAGAGCUACAGGUCCUGUACCGGGGUUUCAAAAACGAAUGUCCCAGCGGAAUUGUCAAUGAGGAGAACUUCAAGCAGAUUUAUUCUCAGUUCUUUCCUCAAGGAGACUCCAGCACAUAUGCCACUUUUCUCUUCAAUGCCUUUGACACCAACCAUGAUGGCUCAGUCAGUUUUGAGGACUUUGUGGCUGGUUUGUCAGUGAUUCUUCGGGGAACCACAGAUGACAGGCUGAACUGGGCUUUCAACCUGUAUGACCUCAACAAGGAUGGCUGCAUCACCAAGGAGGAAAUGCUUGAUAUCAUGAAGUCCAUCUAUGACAUGAUGGGCAAGUAUACAUAUCCUGCACUCCGGGAGGAGGCCCCAAGGGAACACGUGGAGAGCUUCUUCCAGAAGAUGGACAGGAACAAAGAUGGCGUGGUGACUAUUGAGGAAUUCAUUGAAUCUUGUCAAAAGGACGAGAACAUCAUGAGGUCCAUGCAGCUCUUUGACAAUGUCAUCUAGCUCCCCAGGAGAGGGGGGUCAGUUGUCCUGGGGGGACCAUGCUGUAGCCCUAGUCCAGGUGGACCUCACCCUUCUCUUCCCAGGUCUGUCCUCAUCCUAGCUCUACCCUGGGGGCUAUAGGAAUCCAAGAGCCUGGGGAUUCAGUGGUUCAGAUUGCUGGAGCUGAGGGGGCUAUAGAGUGGGCAGAGUGUAUCUGUGGGGUGUUCCCAACUCCCAACAGCUCCCCCUUCCUGUCUGAAACUCAGUGCUGAGGGUGCCCCUGCUACAGGAAUUGAGUGGUCCUCCCCCUUCCACUCCCACUUGAGAAACCACAAUGCUAGACAAAAUGUCUCCUGCUAUGGUGCUUCCCCCAUCCCUGAUCUCAUAACCAUUUCCCCUAAGACCCCCUUAACAGAAAGGCUGUUCUGUCAUUGGCACUGACUGGCCUUUCAGACCAGGGCCUUUGAGAGCCCUGUAGGAGGUGGACAAGAAUGUAGAGGGAGUAAUCUUGGGCCUGAGCCAGUGCUUAGGUCCUAGGAGGUAGCUGGGUUAGAGAACAGAAGGGCCUGGGGAUUAUCAGUGAGAGCAUGCCAGGCUAUAGCUUUCAGCUCUACAGGUCUGCCAUUCAAAGCUGUCAGAAUAUGAAUUUCCAGGCUCUUCAGAAGACCUUGUUUCCUUGGAAAUACCCCAGAAAAUUUCCAAGUAUCCCAGGAGAGUCUGGGAUCCUGGUGUUUGGCUCAUUCCCUCCUCUCCUCCCUUCCUGUUUGUGUAGUGGUGGUGGCAGCGGGGGGAAGAUAGGUGGGAGCUGUCUUGGCUGAUACCUGCCAAAGUUUCAGCUUACCCUCUCUGAUGGCUACAACUUAAGUUUUCAUUUGCCAUUUCCUCUCGACUUGGAGGCACAGAGUAAGUCAGGGACAACACAGUGGAUGCCUUAGAAGAAAAAGGAAGGAAGGAGGCGGGCAUAGAUUUGAACCCAGUGUGGGGGCAUUUAUUAGACUCUGUGAUAUACCCAGGCUCUAUUCCUGCCCCCCGACAUAGCCUCCUAAUUGCCCACCCAGAGUCUCCUCUUGCUCUAUUCAAUCUACCCAGAGAUGCCCCUGAGCACACCUUGAAGGCAGGAACAUUAGGACCCAGGUCCCACCUCACUGUCAGCACCCCUGCCGUGCCGCCACCCCUUAAUAUAUCUGCUUGUCCCGUUUAGCUCACUCUCCCAGUCAGCUGUGAUCUGAGGGGAGGGUCCCCAGGGAGCCCCCUUUCCUAUCAGAACACUGUUGACUGCUUUGCAUUUUUGGUUCCUCUGUAAUUUUUGUAAAAUAAGAAGUACACCGGAUCCAAUAAAACACA